UUGGUGUCGCGCGAUAGUGACGCAUGUAUUUCGCGACUUGUUUAGCUCACAUGUUUGCAAUCGAGGAGAUCAGCCAGGUUUCUAAUGAAUUUCUACACAUUUUUUGAUACAUCAAAAGGAAACCAUGUCCUUAAAACCAUCGGCACAGAAGUGUGUUAAGAAUGUUACAAACGACCCUGUUCGAAAUUUUGAGAAAUGGAAGAAAAAAUACACAAAGACGAAGAAACGAGUGAAACAAGACAGACAGCCUGCGAAGAAACGAGAUUGGCAAAUCGAAAAAGAUCUUAUCAACAAACUAGUGUCUAAAUAUGAUGAGAUUAAUGCCAAGGAUGCUGUGAACUUUUCAGACUUCCCACUAUCAAAGAAAACCCUCAAAGGUCUUAUGGAGGCACAAUAUCGUCAGCCCACAGAGAUUCAGCGUCAGACAAUAGGUUUUGCCCUGCAAGGGAAGGACGUGCUAGGUGCAGCCAAGACUGGUUCCGGCAAAACAUUGGCUUUCCUCAUUCCCGUGUUGGAGUGUCUAUAUCGGAACCAGUGGACAGCUCUAGAUGGUCUUGGUGCCCUCAUCAUCUCCCCAACACGAGAACUGGCCUACCAGACAUUCCAGGUCCUGCGCAAAGUGGGCAAAAACCAUGAGUUCUCUGCUGGCCUGAUAAUCGGUGGCAAGGACUUGAAGGAUGAGGCAGAAAAGAUUCACCGCACCAACAUCAUCAUCUGCACUCCGGGACGGCUGCUGCAGCACAUGGACCAGACCUCUGCCUUCCACGUCUCAGACCUGCUCAUGCUGGUCCUUGACGAGGCUGACCGUAUUCUAGAUCUGGGCUUCUCGGAGACUCUGAAUGCCAUCGUGGACCACCUGCCUUCUCAGAGGCAGACACUGCUGUUCUCUGCCACACAGACCAAAUCAAUCAAAGACCUUGCUCGUCUUAGUCUGAAGGAACCAGAAUAUGUCUGGGUGCAUGAACAAGCAAAGUUCAGUACCCCUGCGACUCUGGAGCAGAACUAUGUGGUGUGUGAGCUCCACCAAAAGGUGGACAUGCUCUUCUCCUUCCUCCGGAGUCAUCUGCACAAGAAGAUCAUCGUCUUCUUUGCAUGCUGCAAGGAGGUGCAGUAUCUGUUCCGAGCCUUCUGUCGCUUGAGGCCUGGCAUCUCCGUGUUGGCUCUCCACGGCAAACAGCAGCAGAUGAAGAGGGUGGAGGUCUACAACGACUUUGUGGGGAAAAAGUCGGCCGUUCUGUUUGCAACUGACAUUGCUGCAAGAGGACUUGAUUUCCCUGCGGUGAACUGGGUGCUGCAGUAUGAUUGUCCUGAGGAUGCCAACACCUACAUCCACAGAGUUGGGAGGACAGCCAGGUACCAGGAGGGUGGUGAGGCCCUACUUGUGCUGCUCCCGUCCGAGGAGGAGGCCAUGGUGGCCGCCCUGAAGGAACGCAGGGUGCCCAUCAACAAGAUCCAAAUAAAUCCAGAGAAGCUACUGUCGGUACAGGAGAAAUUGGAAUCAUUUUUGGCCCAAGAGAUGGAGCAAAAAGAACGUGCACAAAGGUGCUUUGUGUCCUAUCUCCGUUCCAUCUUCCUCAUGAAGAACAAGCAAGUCUUUGAUGUCACUCGGAUAAAACUGCCUGAAUAUGCAGCGUCGCUGGGGUUAGCGGUGGCUCCCCGUGUGCGUUUCCUGAACAAGGUUGAGAAACCUGGACAGGAGAAUCUAGAGGGGAAGACUCAUGUGAAGAUGGAUGUGAAGGCAGAGAAUGAUCAAGCUGAAGACUCUUCAGAUGACCAGCGGAGUGAAGAUGAAGACGGUGAUAUUAAAGGCAAGAUGAAAGGCCUGCUGUGUAAUUCUGGAGAUAGUGACGAGGACGACGAAGGCACAUUGGACCUUUUCACCGUCAAGAGGACGGACGUAUUUAACGUUACUACGAAACAAGAGGAAGAGUCUGAGAGUGACUCGGAGAAGCCCAAGAGCCGCCAAGUCAAAGAAUCGAAGGUGAAAGAAGCCAAGCGAGUUCAGAAGAAGAACCUGAAGGUUAACUCAAAGAUUAUCUUCACCGAUGAUGGACAGACGGUGCAGCAGUGGCCUCUUGUCCAGAGGCCCGUUGCUAGCGGCAACCAGGACGAUGAGGACGACGAAGAGGAGUCGGGCAUCAACGUGGACAAGGCCAGAGAGAGGCUGAGGCUGGAGGACCAGGAGUUCGACAAGAACGAGUAUCGCCGCAAAGUCCGGGAGAAGCAUCGGGAAAAGAGGCUGAAGGAGAGAGCUGCUAAGAGGGAGGCAAGCAGGCAACAGAAAGAGAGGAAGAAGGAAGACGAUGGUGAGGGUGAUGAGAGUGAUGAAGAUGAGGCGGUGGCUUACCUGUCAGGAGCAGAUGAAGACUUCAACAUUGACGAACUCCCAGAUCCUGACAAAUACAGAGACAGAGAUGAGGACGACAGCAGUGAACAUCUCAGGAAGAGGACUCACAGUGAUUCUGAUGACAUGGAGCCAGUCAAAAGGAAAAAGAAGUCCAAGCGAGAUGCUGAGUCUGACAAUGAGUCUGGUCCUCUGGACACUGGGCUGUCUCUAAUGGAGGACGAGGAGCUGGUCCUGCACUUGCUUGGCCAGAGGAGCUAACGGCUAUUGUGAAUAACGACAUCUCACCCCUGCCGUGCAGAAGAGACUCUUUGUAAUGCAUUCACACGCAUGCCAUCUUCCAAACAUUAUGAAAAAACAAGUGUCGACUUCAUGCAACACUUAAAAAAAAAAUUAGACCAACAUUUCGGCAUACAAAGGCAUAAGCAGAAAUUUUGGUCCAGUUUUAAAAAGCUCUGCUUGAACUUUAAUUGUUUUUUUUUCAUAAAGUUGACUAUUGGACCACCAUGCGCUCCUCACCGUGUGGGUUUACUAACAUUUAAGAAAGAUCUCCUAAACGUCCACAGAACAUUUUGUAUAUUUGUUGCCAUCUUGCAGACUUGUUUUUAGUGGGUUGUGAACUUGUGAAUGUUAUUGCAGUAAAGAGGAACCAAUUUGUAAAGUAAAGAGAAUAUUGCUUCUCAUACACAUUGCAGCAGUGAUGGAUGCAUUUUUAGAAAUAAAUAUUUUAAUGACCGA